AUGUCAAGCAUUAUCAUAGUUAUUAAUGAGAUUAGUAAUAAUUAUGAAUUUUAUCAGUGGUUUAAAAGGUAUGCCAAUGUUUUGGCAGUCUUCACUGUAAUCUCAAGUAUAGAAAUUGAGGCAUUCUUAAUAUUAUCAUCAAAAAUGGCUGGAUUGAAGCCGUUUUCUGCACCAUUUUCAUCCAAUUCUUUAUCAUUGAUAUUUUGGUGUAGUUUAGCAAGUUUUUUAAUCGAAGAUAUACCACAAUUUGUUAUUCAGGUUAUUUAUGAAAAUUCUAUAAUAUCAUACGAUCUUAUUCCAUUCCUGACUCUGAUAACUA